GGAAUUGUUGUCGAAGUGCAUUUAGCACCUGUUUUGUUGGCGACGGUAUUGGGGCGUCGUUUGUGUGCAUUUGAUGAGUUAUCUCAACUGGAUCCGGAACUGUACAAAAGUCUCACUUACAUAAAACAUUAUUCGGAUAGUGGCGACGUGGCUGAUCUAUCGCUGACAUUCUCGAUCGAUGAGGAUCGAUUGGGACAGGUGCAUUCAGUUGAUUUGGUACCUGGUGGACGCACAAUUCAAGUGAAUAAUGAAAACAAGAUAGCGUAUGUGCAUAAAAUGGCUCAAUACAGAGUAUUCAAUCAAACCAAAGAGCAAUGUCGUGCAUUUGUUUCUGGCUUUCUUUCGAUUCUGAACGCGAAUUGGCUCGCUUUAUUCGCACCCCACGAAUUACAGUUUCUUAUAUCUGGACAAUCAAGUGAUUAA